CACAACACCACUACUCUUUCUUCUCUUUAUUAUAUAUAUAUAAUCUACAUAACUGCUUUCCCUUAAACCCACCUUUCACAUUCUUCUUCAUCAUCAAUUAUCCAACAUGUCUCAUGACCAAACACCCCCACAAGCUGAGGAAGUUCUUGUUGUUGCUAAUGAGAAUGUUCCACAGCCUGAAAAAACAACUACAAUACCCUUGGAAUCAGAGCAACAGGAUCAACAACCGCAACCUGAGAAGAAAAAUAACUUAGUUCCGGUUGUUGAAUCUGUCACUCUAGAGACUCAUCUCUCCAAACCCAAUACCGAUGAUACUGACAAAGAUGAAACCACCAAAACUUCUCAAUCUGAUCUUCUAGAGAAUGAAAACAAGCCACUCCAAGAGCUUAAGAGUCUUGUUCAACAAGCACUCAACAACCAUGAAUUCUCCAAACCAUCCACAAAAGAAGAUAAACCACCCACCACCACCACCGUAGCAGCUGCACCCGAAAAUGUUACCCCUGCAGAAGAAGAGCCUGUACAACAAAAGGACAAGGAGGAAGUUCCAACAAAGAAAGAGGAAGAAAAAGAACAAGAUAAGAAGGAAGAUGAAGUGAAGGAAACCGUUGUGGAAAAAGAACAAGAAGAAGGAGAUAAGAAGGAAGAGAAAGUGAAGGAAACUGUAGUAGCUGCUGUGGAUGAGGAUGGAGCAAAAACUGUAGAAGCUAUUGAAGAAAGCGUUGUUGCGGUUUCUUCCUCAGUUCCUGUUCCGCAAGAACCCGUUGAAUCGAAAGCUGAAUCGAAAGAUGAAGCUACAUUGCCAUUACAACCAGAAGAAGUAUCCAUUUACGGGAUACCACUUCUUGCAGACGAGCGAAGCGACGUGAUCCUGUUAAAAUUUCUGCGUGCAAGAGAUUUCAAGGUGAAAGAAGCUUUCACAAUGAUCAAGGACACAAUUCGCUGGAGAAAAGAAUUCGGAAUAGAAGAGUUGUUGGAUGAGAAAUUAGGUGAUGAAUUGGAGAAAGCUGUUUACAUGCAUGGAUUUGAUAAGGAAAAUCACCCUGUGUGUUAUAACAUAUAUGGUGAAUUUCAGAAUAAGGAAUUGUAUAAGAAAACGUUUUCUGAUGAGGAGAAGAGACAGAAUUUUCUUAGAUGGAGAAUUCAGUUUCUUGAGAAGAGUAUUAGGAAUUUGGAUUUUAACAAUGGUGAUGCAUGUACUAUUGUUCAUGUCAAUGAUCUCAAGGAUUCUCCUGGACCUGGGAAAUGGGAACUUAGACAAGCUACCAAACAAGCCCUUCAGUUGUUUCAAGACAAUUACCCUGAGUUUGUGGCCAAACAGGUGUUUAUCAAUGUGCCAUGGUGGUACUUGGCUGUGAAUAGGAUGAUAAGCCCUUUUCUUACACAAAGAACCAAAAGCAAGUUUGUCUUUGCUGGGCCUUCAAAAUCAACUGAGACCCUUUUGAGCUACAUAGCUCCAGAGCAACUUCCAGUGAAGUAUGGUGGAUUGAGUAAAGAUGGUGAAUUUGGAAAUUCAGAUGCUGUUACUGAGGCUACAAUAAAGCCAGCAUCAAAAUAUACUGUGGAAUUUCCUGUUACUGAGAAAUGUUUGGUGUCUUGGGAGGUGAGAGUAAUAGGGUGGGAAGUAAAGUAUGGUGCAGAAUUUGUACCAACCAAUGAAGAAAGCUACACUGUAAUUGUUCAAAAGGCUAGAAAAGUGAGUUCAUCAGAAGAAGCAGUGAUUUGCAACAGGUUUAAAGUUGGUGAAUCUGGGAAAGUUGUUCUCACCAUUGACAACACAAGUUCUAAGAAGAAAAAGCUCUUGUACCGCUUCAAGACCAAGUCUUCACUAGAGGACUGAGGAAAAUCGUCAUAUAUAUGCACAACAAGUGGGGCUUAUUAUUUGAUUUUAUGAAUAUAAAGUUUUUUUGUUUCUUUUAGUUCUGAUGAUUAUUAUGUGUGCAAUCAUAUAUUUUUGUAAUUUUCUUGCUAUAUUGUUUGUUGCCUAUCUUUGAAGAUAAAUACUUAUUAAGAUCCAUUUUUCGAA